CGAUCCCAAAAUCUAAAGCUUACAAGAACCGGCAAAGCCGUUCGACUAAAAAUGGCUUCUCGCAACAACUUGGUCGGUUCGAAGACGCUAUCAAUGGUAGCACUGAUCCUCCUGAGCCUGGCACGGCUCUCAGUAGGCGAGCGCCGGGAACUCCAGCUGGAGCAGAUUCCGCCGACCGACGAGCUCUCGUUCCACGGCGGCGCCGUCCUGCAUGGCGACAUCUCCGUCUACAUCAUCUGGUACGGGAACUUCAAGGCGGAGCAGAAGGCCAUUGUGGUCGACUUCAUCGAGUCACUGACGUCCAAACCCGCGGCCUCGACGCCCUCGGUCGCGCAAUGGUGGAACACCAUCUACAAGGUCUACCUGUCCAACGCCACCGCGGGCGGCGACACGCGCUUCCUCCUCGCCAACCAGGUCGCCGACGAGCAGUACUCCCUCGGCAAGUCCCUGACGCUGCUCCAGGUCUUCCAGCUCGCGGCCGGCGCGCUGCCCAAGAAGGGCGCCCUCGCGUUGGUGCUCACAGACCCGGGCGUGGUUGUGGAGGGCUUCUGUAGCGUGCGGUGCGGCCUCCACGGCGCCGACGCGGGCGCCGGGUACGCCUACGCGUGGGCGGGCGACGCCGCGAGCCAGUGCCCCGGGCAGUGCGCGUGGCCGUUCGCGAGGCCGUCGUACGGUCCGCAGGACAAGCCCCUGGGCGCGCCCAACGGCGACGUCGGCGUCGACGGCAUGAUGGUGACGCUCGCCAGCAUGGUCGCCGGCGCGGUGACCAACCCAUUCCGCGACGCCUACUACCAGGGCGAGAAGGACGCCGCGCUGGAGGCAAGCACAGCGUGCGCCGGGGUGUACGGCAGUGGCUCGUACCCCGGGUACGCCGGGAACGUGCCGGUCGACAAGGCAACCGGGAGCAGCUACAAUGCCAUUGGCGCCGGCGGGCACAAGUACCUGCUCCCCGCUGUCUACGACCCGGCGAAGCCUGGUUGCUCUACUUUGGUGUAGAGCCGCAGACGGGGAGGAAAAUGAUUGCACCGAAGGAGUAAAUAUUACUAUUACUGCGAUUUGUUGUUCUUAUUCAAGCUCAUAUGGGAAUAAAGUACGCAAUGGAUCUUCAGUGAAACGGAUGUUGCCAUUAUGUGGGACUGUGGAAGAUCAAAGGAUCGCAAGGAAUGGGGAAAUCAAGAGGAUGAAACAAGAUAACAGAGGAAUCAUCGGAGACCACGAGAUCAGCCUUUGGAUAAAGAAAAGAAAAGAAAUUUCGCGGCCGAUGUUGCCUUAUGUCA